AUGGCUGCUGAUAAGGUGAGUGUGAUCCUAUGGUCUUUAUUUAGUUGUAACUUAACCACAGCAUGAGCAAUAUGCCUGCGAGCCUCCUCCUCUCAAACAGUACGGAGCAAUUAUGUUUAACGAAGAAACCAAAGUCAAUGCUUCAACGAAGGACUUCAAGCGCUUUAUGUAUUUUUACUAUGGCGAAUGCUUACAUUCGUUCAGUAUUUAACAGAGAUACUCUAAUGGUACUAUGUUAUGCCUUCGUACUCUAAUAUAAACAAUCGUUUACAUUUGGUCAGCAUAGCAAUCACUGACCACUACGCUCUGUGAUACUAACUUCAAUAUUUUGUUUGUGUCUAGUUAAAGAAACUCGAAGCCAGAGGUCGAGCAGCGUUUCUUCAAAAGGAUAUAAGUUCCGCGACGAGAUAUUUUAUGCAAGCAUUGGAAAAGAAAAACAGUCCUGAAUAUAGUAAAUCUACACCGCCCAAACGAAAGCGUGACAAACCGCGGAGUAAAUCGCUACACAGUCUGAACAACAACAAUGAAGAUGAUCAAGUGUGGAUCUUACAAAAGACAAACGAUAAACGGUAAGUGGGUAUUAUCAACAUUAUACCACUCCAUGACAUGGUAAAUGGGUAAUAUCACUCUAUCAGUAUAAAGCGAGUCAUAAUGUAUCUCUCAGAUGUGCGCAAUGUAUUCUUAUAAUACCCAUAAUAUUUUUGGUUAAAUGAUUCACAUUGUUGAUGCCUAUAUUCGUAUGUAAGCUGAUACCAUUUAAAUAUCAGCUAUAUUUAAAAUAUGCGGUAGAACUAAGAACUUCAGUAAUAUGUAUAAUUUUGCCAUGGUAAAGUAUAUCUGACUAGCAAAACCUAUACAGCUUGUGUAGGUGAAGUCCAAAAUUGAAUUCACUUGUACAGAAACAUCUACAGAAGAAUAUUUUAGUACACGAGUCAUGGGCAGAUGAUCUUUGAGGCGAUUCAUUGCACGGAUUAUUGUUGUCAAUCUGCAUUGUUUUUUCUGCACGUACACGAGUUAAAUUCUCGCUGUGUCAGUCCGUGAUGUCUGUAGGCUUGGCCGGAGGUACUCUUCUGCUCAAGAUUUAGAGACAUUUUUUUGAAGUAAAGCAACGUAAUAUAUUAAUUAGGCUCGAGUGGCGAUUGAACAGUCUUGCCUUGAAAGACAUCUGGUGUGAAAUGAUAUUGAAUUGCUUGAGCUUUAUCGAUUCAAAUAAACAAAAUCAAAGGGCUGAAUAACAGGUUCUAUUAUUAUUUUCUAUUAAAAUUUCUAAGGUGUACAUGGAGAACAAGUGUAUUAAAAUGAACGCGUGGUUAUGUAGCAUUUAUAGUGACUCUUUCAGCCUCUUUUCGCUUUGUUUCUAUAUUUAUAAAACAUGAUAUUGUGGUCUGAAUUCUGAAACUAUUUACAUCCGCUGAGAUUUGACCAGCAUCUUAACGCUUACUGAAACAUACCAACAUGAGGAAAAGAGAAAAUUAGAAAAAUGAACAUUCACUCCUGACAACUGGACAUUUUCACAUUGUGUAUAUAGCGUGUUUCUUGGCGUGUCGGUCACCAUAUCAUUCGUAAUUAAAUAUAAUUAAUUAUAUUGGGGAGAUAUUUACAGCUUAUUAUUAUUUAAAUAUCUAUUUUACCGCUAAGAUUAUCUGGAUUAUUGCUUGGAUUAUAGAUUAUUUUGCUUGGCCUUGGGGCUAAAAUCGACUCGUAUUUGAGAUGCCUCAGACUUCAGCUCGCUUCAUCAAGGAAAGAUGAUUUAUUUAGUAAUCUUGCAUUCACCGUUUAGUUGAUAACAUAACUUUCCUGAAAUGGUGGAAUUUGGUUUUAGAAGCAAUUUGCUAACUCAACUAAGCCAGAUUAGCAAGCCAGAUAGCGCGCAUUUUAUCUAGGAUUACGUUAUACUAGGAAAUCCGGCUAGAGUGAUAAAACGUCAUUUAUUGUUUCGUUGCAUGUGACGGAGUAAUUUUCCCUCAAUGUUAUUUGCCAAAUUGUAAGUGUUUUUGCUAAUUGCUCAAUUCAUGCUAAUGACCGUAUAGCUUAUUAGAGCUCAUUAAACCCGCUCACGAUUUCCUGUAUAAAUGACUUAUACACAGCGUUGUUUUUUGCCAUAAAAUUUUAUCUGCAGAAAUCAGAACUAUGCAUUGAGUUUGAGAAGUGACGGGCUAGCGAAAUUGUAUACGUGCUGAAACUCCUACGCGGGGCUCGAAAGCAUUUUUAUGUUACGUGAAGUUUUCCGCAAAUGCCCACGCUUUUCUUUGGUAUGUCAACAUGUUUUUGUUGCUUCGUGUUGACAUUAAAGGUUAAACGAGUACAAUGGAAUGACAAGCUAAAGUAUAAGUCCUAUAUAGCACAUUUUCAUACAUAAGUCAAUAGCCUAGCCGAAGAUUCAGUGUCUUUUUUUGUUAAAAUAGGCUAAUUGCAAUGACGUUAGUUGCUUUGAUAUUGUAGCAUGUUUUGAGUGAAAUAUCGUCAUUUAAGAAGGUCAUUACACUUUUUCAGAACUUGGUAUUGGAAACUAUUUUAAUUUCAUGAAUAGCCCCUCGGUAAUUUCAAGUUUUAUGCCGAAUUUCUGGCUGAUUAAAGGCCGCAAAAUGAGGAAACGUGGAAAAACUAUUUAGAAAUAGACGGUAAUUUUUUUAAUUGACUCUUGGCAAAAUGCAAGUCCCUUGGUGUUUUAAGACGGCAAAAUUGAAAUUUGAAAUUAAUAUCAAGAAUGCAGUCAUUAUGCAGGUCAAAUCAUCGUCUCACCCUUAAUUUAACAUAGCAGGGGGUGAACCAUCUUGGGAAGUGAUAUAGUGUGGAAGUAUUUUGUCGAUAGAAAAUGAUUGUGUGUUAUACGAUAAGACUAAGACAAUUGACUCGUCGAUCAUUGUUAAACGAGUACUGUUAGACGUGAUAACAAAAAGAUUAAACGUGAUCAUUUUGCAUCCAGAAAUUUCGGGUUUGAAUUUAUUUUUGAUUGUGAUUUUUGUUGUUAAUAUUUCGUAUAAAAUGUUCUAUGACAAUGGAAAAUUGCAUUGAAUUUGUAGUUGUGCCAAUCUAGACGACUUGUAACGCAGACUAUGAAGUAAUCUUUCAAUUUUGUCAUUUUGUUGGAAGUGAUGUCAUGGAAUUGAAAUAACGGAACUUGAAACGUUCUCAUCAUGGGCGCUACUUUAUAAACGUAUCGAAACUCGAUCAAAAAUGUCGUUCUCACGGUUGGAAAAAAAUCUUUUGACUUAUAACUUACUUCAAGUGUCCAAUUACGAAAACGAUGAAAAUUUGAAUAAUUACCUCCGCAAACGACUGCGUUAAUAACUUCUUAACAUGACCCUCAUUCAAUGCAAAGAAAGAAUAAGUUUUAUUGCAUUUUGUUAAUUAUUAGUGCGGUAAGGAUUCAACGUUAAUGAUUUAAGAUGAUUUAAUUAUUUUCCUGUUGUUGUUCUUUUUCCAAACACAUUAAAAUUUUCUUGGCAUCAUGUUAUUUGCACUGAUCAAUUAAGACCAGGCUUUUGGAUGGAACGUUUUGCCAAAAACUAAACAUCGUGUUAUCCACCAAACAAAACAAUGGCUUAAAUCUUUUUUUCUUAAUAUGAUUUUGCAAAUUUCCCAACUUCUAGUUUGAGCCCACAAGGGGUCAAUGUUUCCUUUGCAUGAAAGUUUAGCUUCAUGUCUUUUUUUCUCGAUUUAGAAAUAAGAAAAAUGAAAAAGAACAUGGAAGAAAAAAGAAAGUAGAGGAAGAAAGCAGUGUUGAAAUGUUAGAUGGAAUUAUUUCUGACGCUGAUACGGUAAGCUUUAUAUAUAUAUAUAUAUACAAACACAAAAUACGGUAGCCUGCUCGCAGCCUGGAAAAUUUCCCCCUUCAAAAUUUCAGGCUGCGAGCAGGCUAAAGAUAUGUCUACAUAUAUUUUACAGUUAUAAUGAACUCGAUAGUAUUUACGAAAGUGCACAAUGUCAACGUCUUUUAAGACAUUCCUUAAACAAGUACAUACUUCAGGCGUAAUAAAUAAUUAUUCAGAAUUUGAAAGCUUUGUUGUCACCCUACACCUUUUAUGCGUUGCACAAAAAAUGUUUUUGUGUCCAAAAAUUUCCCGAAUGUUCUGCAACUUUUUGUAACAUAAUUCAUGUGUAAUAGGAAUUGAUAAUAUUUCACCAGUAAUUGACAAUAUUUCACCAGUAUAACUCCACGGAAAAUGCAAUUUGUAGGGGGGAAGUUGAAUUAACGGCAGCUGGUAAUUCUACUCGAAAGCAAAACUCAAACAUUUCUUUCACACAAAAUUUUGAAUAACUCUUUCAGAAUGAAUUUGAAGCAGUGCCAGUUUUCAAUAAUGUAUUUUAAUGUUGCCGCAAACGUCAUUGCAAUAAAGAUUCUUUUUCUGUCGUAAGAGAUUGCACUUGAUGCCUUCAUUAGUGUGUUUUUGUGUUUUGCAUAAAAGACGUUCACUGAAAGACCACGAUACUAUCUGGUAUUUCCAACUUAGGUUCAAAAGUCAUUCGGGAUGGUUCUAAUCUCAUUCAUAUUUUCUUGCAGGCGAUCCAGAGGUUCCCAAGUUUUCCAAUGGGAUACCUCAGAAAGGCGUCAGCCUUAAUUCUGCUCAACCAAUGGGAUGAAGCGAGACAAACUUAUACAACUGGACUGGAACAUUGUUCGGAGAGCAGUCUUUUAAUGUGAGUUGCGUUGUGCUUUGUAUGCAGUCUUUUCACCUGGACUACAUGAAGUUUAAGAUUGCAUUAGUUGACACCGCUCCACUUAUCUUUAUAGAUCAGCGUUAUACAACCUGAACAAGACUCAUAAAAUAACGUCAUGUGCUGCAAAUCUGGACAUGAAACAAUUGUCAGAUCUUCUCAAUGAUAAUAGGUAAGGAUUUCAAAUUAUUCAUCCCUACUCUUUUAGACAGGUAUAUACUUUGCUACCUUGAGUGCCAGAAUUUUUUCCACGCUCGCAAGAAAACUCGCGUGAAAUAGCAACUGACUGGCUCGCUAGUAGGCUUUGUCAUUAUGCGGCAUUUCUGCGAGCGUGGAACAACUCCAGGGUGAUACCAUGCCGCAGGAAAUGGUCAACCGGCACUUAUCAAAGUGAGAGAAUAAUGUUAGUCUCCUGUCCUUGUAUCUAAAUAGAAUUGAGAGAUAUAGUUUAAUAUUUUCAAAGUGUUAACAAGCAACUGUUGCUUUCUAAAGCUUUCGCUCAAUUUUUUGCUCAAUUUCCUAUCUUUGUUUCUUAGUUCUUCACCGACGAUGCCACCCCCAACCGCAGUGACUGCAAGAAGAAAUAAAUUUCGUUUACAAGGGCAGAGAAGAUUGACUAAGAAAAUCUUCCCUCGAGCCGAAACAGACGCUUUCUCAAUCCCUCAGAUUAAAACGACUUCAUUUCGGAGGACAAAUUCUACAUCAACAGUCACUCACUUAUGA